UCGCCUUCUCCAUUUCCGCGUUAUUUCCAGGUUUAAAGCGUUCCUAUGGAUUGGUGGAGCUCUUCUUAAAGCGUAUCGACAACUUUUUUACUUGCAUAUCAUGUUUUUAUCAUACUAAUGGUGCUCCAGGGGAGGACAUAUAACCACAAGCGUCGAUAACUUGACUAGAUUAUGUUCUGUUUUGUUGGAAACUGUGAAUUUAGCGGAUUCAGAAUUUGUUAGGCUGGUCCGGCUAGUUAGCAAGCUAUCAGUUGGGCCGCCGGUGUUUGUACUAACUUAAACCAUGGCAGAUGCGAACGAUGGACAGAGGACAGACGAUAAAGAGUUGAAGGGGGCGACAGGUGGUGAAGAUGUCAUGGAUGAUGCGAUCAUCGAACAGGGUGCCGUUUUACUAAGAGGGUAUGUUAUUGAACGAGUUACUGUUGAGGAUCCUUCCAUGCAUGUGAGCCACGAGGAUCUCGGAGGAAGACCUCAGGAUGCAGAAGAUCCUCAAAUCAAAGAGGUUGUAGAUCAGCUUUUGAAGAUAGCCGAUGACCUUAACAAGAAUGCUGAACUUCAACAUCUCAUCAGCACUGUGCAAGCAAACUGCGCUCAGGAUGUCUUUAUGACUGUGGCCAGGAGCAUCUUUGAGGAUGGCAUUAACUGGGGACGUGUGGUGGCUCUGUUCCAUCUCGCGUAUAGGCUCAUUUACCAGGCUCUGACUCAGAACCACUUUGAAGUUAUCAAGAGGAUCAUUAGCUGGGUUUUACAGUUUAUCAGGGAAAACAUUUCUGCCUGGAUCAGACAGCAAGGAGGAUGGGAGGGCAUUUUCCGCAGCGUGUCAAGAUGGCGUACUGUGUCUGUCAUCGCUGCGAUGGCAUUCAUUGUAGCUGUUGUUUACUGGAGAAGAACACGUUAAGAUAAAAGUGAAGGACACGCCAGAUUCAUAAUUCUCAAAAAUGUGGAAACUUGUAUCAAAAGCAAUACUGUGUAUAAGUGGUGCAAUCAAGUGGACCAAUCAUGAGUCAUACAGACCAAUCAUGCUUCAUGCCUUGCUUUGGUUAAAGACUUAAAUGGAAACAGCCACUCCAAAAACACUGUAGCCUUUUAUUUUAAUGUGUUUAUUUUUUUUAACAUUUCCUUUUGGCUGUUUUUCUGUCCAUUGUUUCUAUUUCAGUUAAGAACAUCUUUGCCUUGGUUUAUUUAUUUUAGGGAUGUACUGCUAUACUCAAAGAUUUUAAGACGCUGCACUUUUUCUCCACCAGUGCCUUUUAUUCUGUUUUUUUUUUUUU